AUGGCGUCAAUCGGAGAGCUUUGGCACAACGCCCGCAAUCCCCCAGCCGACCCUCAGUCCUUGGGCCUCUCCUUCAAAGACAAGGCCGUUCUGGUGACAGGGGCCUACGGCGAAGGGCUCGGUGCCAACGCAGCCAUCAAGUACGCGGCGCUGGGCGCCAACCCGCUCAUCCUCGGCACCCGCACGGCGGAAAAGGGAGAGCUGGCCAAGUCUGCCAUCAUAGAGCGGACGGGAUGCUCCCCUGACAUAUUCAUCAUCGAACCCGUGGACCUGGCCAGCUUUGAGUCCGUCAAGCGCUUUGCGGAGAAUGUGAGCCAGCGCGUCCCGGCCCUGCACGUUGUCCAGCUCGCAGGCGGCGUCUCGCCUUGGAAAUAUGCCAAAACACCAGACGGGCACGAGGCGUCGGUCGGAAUCAACCUGCUUUCGUCUGCGCUGCUGGCGCUGCUGCUAUUGCCCAAGCUACGGGAGGCGGCCAAGGCCCCUUCGCCCGAUGGCUUCCGCCCCCAUCUCUCCAUCCUGAACAGCAUCGUCACAUUUACAGUGAGCGAGAAGAAGCUUCCAUCCGACGGCCAGAAGCUAGUCCAACGCUGCGACGAUGAAUCCAAGUGGGACCCGAUCCAACAGUAUCUCCUGGUGAAGCUUGCUACGUGGUAUGCUACCAAAGGCAUCGCCCAGAUAUUCGCCGAGCAUGACCCCGAUAUCAUCGUCAACGCAACGUGCCCGGGCCUCUGCAAGACAAACAUGGCGCGUGACGUCCCGCGUGUCUUCAAGAUCUUCAUGGCCAUUCAGAACUACUUCCUCGCACGCACGGCCGAGAUGGGUUCCCGGACCCUCGUGAGCGCUACCGGGCUCGGUCCUGAAAGCCACGGAAAGUUCUGGACCAAUGACAAAUAUCACGCGAUGGAUGGCUUCUUGGCGACUGAACGGUCGGAUGCGCUGUACCCCGAGACAUGGAGCGAGAUCGUCUCGAUCUUGCGUCCGCAUGUUCCCGAGGGGAUACUGUGA